UAAAAGGCUGCAGUAAUGUCACUUCGGCCACGUAAUGACCUCGACAGACAUCAACACAACGGACGUUUCCUCCCAGCAUGCAACUCCUCCGUCGUCUCUUUCACUUUCGCUCUUGAGUUAUUUGUGCUAACACUGCGUGCCCAAGACGACACAGUGGGAGGGUUUCCUUCUUUUACUGUCACCAUGUUAGCAGCACCUCUCCUGCUGCUGCUCUUCGUUCCCUUUCCUCCCUCAUCAGCAGCACAACUACCAACAGCCAAGGAUGUCCCGAUAGCAACCAACGGCCAGCCAUUUCCCUGGAACCACAUGAGACUUCCUAAAACCGUCUCUCCCUACCACUAUGACUUGACCAUCCACCCCAACCUGACCAGCCUAGACUUCACCGGCGUAGUUCGUAUCCAGCUGGACGUGCACGAAGACACCAGCACCAUCGUUCUCCACGCCAAGCAGAUGCAGAUAUCUAAUGCGUGGCUCUUUGCACCUGAAGGUGUGAGGCCCCUGCAGCUGUUGGAGUAUCCUCGCUCCCAUCAGCUCGCCCUGCUGUCGGACUCGGUGCUGAUCAAAGGCAGGAAGUAUGAGGUUCAGCUGGAGUUCGCUGCCAACUUAUCUGACAGCUAUCACGGUUUCUACAAGAGCAGCUACCGCACCAGCAGUGGGGAAGUCCGGGUUAUGGCAUCCACGCAGUUUGAAGCCACCUUUGCUCGUGGAGCCUUCCCCUGUUUUGAUGAGCCCGCCUUCAAAGCCAACUUCACCAUACAGAUUAUACGAGAGCCACGCCACAUAUCCAUAUCCAACAUGCCCAAGGUAAAAACAGUGGAGUUGCCGGGCGGGUUGCUUGAGGAUCACUUCGACACCACUGUAAAAAUGAGCACUUACCUGGUGGCCUACAUUGUGUCUGAUUUCCUGUCUGUGAGCAAGACUACCCAGCAUGGCGUCAAGAUUUCAGUCUACGCUGUAGCUGAGAAGAUCGACCAGACGGCUUAUGCGCUGGAUGCUGCUGUCAAGCUUUUGGACUUCUACGAUGACUAUUUUGAUAUUCCUUACCCGCUUCCCAAACAAGAUCUGGCUGCUAUCCCUGACUUCCAGUCAGGUGCGAUGGAGAACUGGGGGCUGACCACCUACAGAGAGACCGGCCUUCUCUUCGACCCUGACAAGUCUUCAGUUUCAGACAAACUGGGUAUCGCCAAGGUCAUCGCCCAUGAGCUCGCACACCAGUGGUUUGGGAACCUGGUGACGAUGGAGUGGUGGAACGACCUGUGGCUCAAUGAGGGUUUUGCCAAGUUCAUGGAGUAUAUUUCUCUGGACAUCGCCUACCCAGAGCUGCAAGUGGAUGACAUCUUCCUGGGAAAAUGUUUUGAGGCUAUGGAGGUAGACAGCCUCAGCUCCUCCCACCCGGUUUCCACCGCUGUAGAAAACCCCACGCAGAUCCAGGAGAUGUUCGACGAUGUUUCAUAUGACAAGGGAGCAUGUAUUCUGAAUAUGCUGCGUGACUUCCUGACUCCUGAGGCGUUUGAGAUUGGCAUCAUCCGAUAUCUCAAACGCUACAGCUACCAAAAUACUGUCAACAGCCACCUGUGGGAGAGCCUGACGGAUAUCUGUAACUCAGAUGAUCUGGACGAAGGCCGUAUGAAACACAAAGAAUUCUGCUCCAAACGCAGCCUCAACUCUGCAGCCUCUAAAUGGUACUCUGGUGAUGAGCUGGAUGUCAGGGCCAUCAUGGACACCUGGACGCUGCAGGAAGGCUUCCCUCUGGUCACUGUGGAGGUCAGAGGUCGGGAGGUCACGCUCAGUCAGGAGCGUUACCUGAAGACAGACGACCAGUCCCUCACUGAAGGAUUCCUGUGGCAGAUCCCACUGACCUACAUGACCAGCGCCUCCAGCACCAUCCACCGCUUCCUGCUCAAGACAAAGACUGAUGUUCUAUAUCUGCCGAAGGAGGUGGACUGGGUGAAGUUCAACGUGGACAUGAGUGGUUACUACAUGGUCCACUACGAAGGCCAGGGGUGGAACUCCAUUAUCAAACUGCUGCAUCACAACCACACAGCCCUGAGCAGCAACGACCGCGCCAGCCUCAUACACAACGUCUUCCAGCUGGUCAGUGUCGGGAAGGUGAGGCUGGACACGGCUCUGGAGCUGUCUCUGUACCUGUCAAGAGAGACUGAGAUCAUGGCUGUGACUCAGGGAUUUGGAGAGCUCGUACCUCUUUACAAACUGAUGGAGAAGAGAGACAUGGCUGCUGUGGAGAACCAGAUGAAGGGCUACAUUGUGGAUCUGUUCCGGGGGCUGAUUGAUCGGCAGGAGUGGACUGACUCUGGAUCAGUGUCUGAGCGAAUGCAGAGGAGCUACCUGCUGCUGUUUAGUUGCGUCAGGAACUACCCUCCAUGUGUCACAAAAGCCACCGAGCUCUUUAACAGGUGGAAGGACUCUGACGGCACUAUGAGCCUUCCUGUCGACGUCACCAUGGCUGUGUUUGUGAUUGGAGCUCGGACACCGGAGGGGUGGGACUUCCUGUUUGAGAAGUACCGCACUUCACUGCAAAUGUCUGUAAAAAGCCGCAUGAAGACUGCAAUGGCUGUCAGCCCACUGCAGGACAAGCUCAAGUGGAUGAUGGAGCAGAGCCUCCAGGGUGAGGUGAUGAAGACUCAGGAUCUCUCAGGCGUGGUUGUCUCUGUCAGCAAGAACCCCCGUGGCUACAAACUGGCCUGGGACUUCCUCCGAGCCAACUGGCACACCCUGAUCAAGAAAUUUGACUUAGGCUCCAGCACCAUAUCACACCUGGUGACAGGGGUGACCGACCAGUAUUCUACCAGGGAGAUGUUAGAUGAGGUACGCAGCUUCUUUGGCUCUCUGACUGAGGAGACGGGCUCAGAGAUGAGGUGUAUCCGACAGACCUACGAGACCAUCGAGGACAACAUCCGCUGGAUGGACACCAACCUUCCUCUGCUGCAGGCCUGGCUGGACAAACGCAGCCACAGAACCGUGCAUGAAGACUUAUAGCUCCGAGGGAAACAAAAGUCUAGAUUGGACGGGCUGAAACUAUAAGAGGUGUGGAUGCAACUCAAGGCGCUCGGAGAUAGACUUAAGUGACAAAUUUGAUGAUUUUAGAAUUGAACACAAAAUUCAAACAGCCUCGUAAUUCAAUAUCAGUGAUAUCAGUGACUUAUCUAUUAUCUAUACUGACUUAUCCAAAUGUAAAGAUAGAUUGACAGCUGUAAAGAACUAUGGAUGCUGUGUCAUCUCAAUGCAUAUUAUUAAUUACCCCAAACCUGACUUGCAGACUCAGCACUUGUACUACAAUACAAUACUUGCAAAACAAAAAAAAAUUCUGCCACAUCUGUAAACUACAGCCUAAAAAUUAACAAUGGCGGUGUUUCUCAGGUUCGAAUAGAUGUAAGUAAUUGUAGAUGAUGAUGAGAUUUGGUAUAUGUUUAAGGAGGUAACAUCAGCAGUCUGUCUGUGUGUGUGUGUGUGUGUGUGUGUCGGUGUGUGUGUGUGUGUGUGUGUGUGUGUGUGUGUGUGUCGGUGUGGGUGUGUGAUUUUUUUUUUUACCUGGACUUUGAAGAUGCUCAUAGUCGAAUGUAGUGUUUCCUGUUUGAAGUCUCUGUUUUUGUGAAUUUAAUUUUCAUCUCUGCAGAAAGCAACAACAAAUAUUGUACAGCAUUGUACAAAUAAUAAAUAUUACACAAAAGAAAUAGACUACACAUUAGAUAUUUAAAUUUUCUCAAAUAUUUAUUUAGAUACCAGAGCACUCCUUCUCAUUAAAAACCAAACCAAACAGAUUUGAUACUCCCCCCAGAGAAAGAACCCAGAAAGAGGCCUUCAGAAAAAAAAAUAAAAUGUGUGAAUUCCUACAGUGGCUAAACUUGAAUGAAUUCUGAAAUAAUUUUGCUCAGCCAAGGUAACCCUAAUGCACUUGUAAGUUUUUUUUUGUUGCACAUUUUAAGGGUUGAUUGGCUUAAAUAUGAUAAACAUUCAAGAACUCACUGCUCUAUGCUCAGAUUUUGCACUGUUUCCAAUAUUGGGAAGAUGAAUAUGAACUCUGACACCACUGGUACAUCAACUUUAUUAAAAUAACACAAAUGACAAAAAAGGACACAAUUAGGAAUAUGAUGUCACAAAAAUAGUCCUUAGUUCAUUCAACACAACAGUGUCUUAUUCUUAUGCUAUUGUGAAAUCUCCUGUAGGACAGGAUUCAUAGCAAUUUUGUUAUUUCAUAAGGACAAUAUGUGUUGCUUGACUUAAAUAUUCGACCAAUAAAGUUGUUUUGGAU